AUGGCGAAUUCUACGCUUUGUAUUCUGGGCUGCGGCAACUUGGGCGGCGCUAUUCUGAAGAGCUUGGUCGAUGGUCCUAAAGACAAAGAGGGGAGCGCGCCAUUCACCCGGUUCAUUGCCUGUGUUCGGAGUCAAGAAUCCGAGGAGCGAUUGAGUGCGCAAUUCUCCCACCAUUCGCAAAGCUUGACGAUUGCCCGAGACAACAUCACGGCUGUUCAAGAGGCGGAUGUGGUAGUUUUGGGUGUGGACCCUGCUGUCGUGGAGAAAGUGCUGUCAACUCCUGGCCUCAGCGAGGCCUUAUCGAACAAACUCCUCAUCAGUGUCGCUGCUGGCUGGACCCGGCAGAGGCUUGAGACCACGCUCUAUGGCAGUCCGACGACAAGCAGCAAUGCCGAAGGUCGGGCGUGGGUGGUGCGCACGUUGCCGAAUAUCGCUGCGUCAGUCUCGCAGGGUCUCACAGCCAUUGAGAUCUCAGAGCCAGCCGUUCCCGAACACUACCAGAAGAUCACGGAUGCGGUCUUUGAGAACCUGGGAAAGACAGUCCACAUCCCCCCAACUCUGAUGGAUGCAACGACGGCGGUGGCCGGAUCGACUCCCGCAUUCUUUGCCGUGAUUGUCGACGCGAUGAUUGAUGCCUCCGUGGCGGUUGGCGUGCCGAGGGACCUGGCACGGACCAUGAUAGUUCAGGCGAUGACUGGAAGCGCAGCCCUGAUGCAAAGUGGAAUGCAUCCGGCCGUCCUGAGAGAUCAGGGUACGUCGCCUGAAGGGUGUACCAUUGGAGGUUUGAUGGUUAUGGAGGAGGCCGGCGUGCGCGGUCACAUCGGGAGAGCCUUACGAGAAGCCGUCACCAUUGCGCGCCUCAUGGACGGCACCCGUCAUUUGAAUGAUACUAGAGAGUAG